GGGGCUUCGAGCGGGUCUGCUAGUCGUUUCCGUUUUCCUCCUAGUCUGAGGCUCGUUCCCAGACCGGAAGGUGCCAGGGCCGAGCGACGCACAGUCCCACCCACUCGGACCCCCUUGUGUUUGGCCACGCGGGCCCCCAUUCCUCCCUAGACCUCGCCCAUCCAAGCGGUUUCAGGUUACGCCUGUAUGGACACAGCUCCCCAAGAUCCUCCACUCAGUGACGCAGAGCCUUUCAGGGUUGGCUGCGAGCCAAACCCCGGCUUCCCGAUGCAGCCCGAAUCCAGCCAGUAUGAAGAAGAGACCCCUUCCCUCUUGUGGGGCUUGGAUCCAGUGUUUGUAGCCUUUGCAAAACUCUACAUCGGGGAUAUCCUGGACUUAAAGGAGUCCCGCCAGGUACCAGGUGUAUUUUUUUACAAGGGGCACCCAAUAAAGCAGGUAGAGAUCUUGGGAACUGUAAUUGGAAGGAGAGAAAAAGAUGCUUUCUACAGUUAUGGAGUGGACGACAGCACUGGAGUUAUCAAUUGUAUCUGCUGGAAAAAGUCGAACAAUAACGAGGCUUCAUCAGCAACUACAGCUACCGCAACACUAGGGGCGCUGAACUUAACCUCACAGCUUAAGAAGCUGCAAGAUACCAUUGAGCAGAAGACAAAGAUCGAAAUUGGGGACAUUGUCCAGAUCAGAGGUUAUGUCCACACAUACAGAGAAGAACGAGAGAUUCGUGUCACUACUUACUAUAAAGUGGAUGAUCCCGUGUGCAACAUUCAAAUCUCGAGAAUGCUGGAGCUGCCCCGUAUCUACAGGAAGGUUUACGACCAGCCUUUCCGCAGCCCAGCCCUAGAGCAAGAAAGUGAUCCAGGUGCCUUGGACCUUGCCAAUCUCACGUGUUUGCUGAGUGAAAGAGCCAAAGAAUUCCUUGUGGAGAACAAAGUGCAAACCUUUUAUCAGCAGGAAUUGGAAAUUGUGGAGUCUCUGAUGUCCCUUGCCAAUCAGCCUGUGAUUCACAGUGCCGGCCCUGAGCAGGGGGAUGCUAAGAAUGACAGCACGUCCAAGGCAAUUCAUAGCAUAUUUAAGAAUGCAAUACAGCUGCUGCAGGAAAAAGGAUUUGUUUUCCAGAAAGAUGAUGGUUUUGAUAAGCUAUACUAUGUAACCAGAGAAGACAAAGAACUGCACAGAAAGAUCCACCAUAUCAUUCAAGAAGACUGCCAGAAACCGAAUCACGCAGAGAAGGGCUGCCACUUUCAGCACAUCUUGGCCUGUGCCCGCCUGAGUGUCAGCCCAGACCUGAGCGAAGGCGUGCUGCAGCAGGUGCUGGAGCUCCUGGAGGACCAGAGCGACAUCAUCAGCACCACAGAACACUACUACACGGCGUUCUGAGGGGAGGCCGGCCCAUGGGCUGGGCGGGGCGGGGCCGGGCCAAGGAAGAGGAGGAGCGGGUGGUGGUCACUCCUGGGCUUGGACUGUAAAGGUCACACAGAGGCUUAUAGGUCUGGUGGCAGGGAUCUCUUAAUAAACUGUGAAAUAUGGUCACUUAAGGAAUGGAAUUUGGUGUGAAUUCUGCCGUGUAGCUGCUGUAUCUGUGGGAUAAAGUAACUCAUCUCAGUCAUGACCUAGAAGAAAACCCUCCCCUUGACCUUCUCCCUGGACCGGCUGUUGCCCCUCAGAGCAGAAGGGAGGAGACAGUGUUGGCGGCUGAGUUGGUGUGUGUGUGGCUCCAGGCUCUGUCACGGUAAAGGGAUGUCACGUGGUAAAGUGAAGUGAAGAGCACCUAGCCAGAUCACACAGACCCAGAAUGUUUCCAAACUUCAGAGCCUCUGCUCUUGUAGGCCUCUGUCAGAGGUUAGGAACC